CGUCUGUCUCGAAUCCAACAUCCGCAUGGUUUGGGGGAAGAACAGAAAACCUAAUUCCGCCCGUUGAAGAAAAUUCCAAGGAGAUCAUUCGCAACCGCGAAUCGAAGAAAGUUUGAGGAGCUAAUUGGCAGAAAUUUUGGUAAGUCGCUGUUCGUUUGAUCUCGAUUCUGCUGUAAUUUAGCGUCAGCCAGGAACUGGCUCCAUACCUGCGCCCGAACCUUGUCGCCGUUUUCUUAUUGGUUUUCAUUCCGGAGGGUGUAAUUCCUUUCUCUUGCACAAUUUCAUCCUCAAUUCGCUGGUUCCUCCUUCCUGAUUUUGCAGGGCAAUGACAAAAACAAGUAGAAGACACGGUAAUUCUCUAUUUCGAUCUAGAUCACGGUUUUAGUUCUCUAUUUUACUGCUUGAUUAUGAUUUUUUAUCUUUCGAAUUUGCUUACAGCUACAGUUGCGCGGAAGAAGCAGGAGCUACGACAGAUUACUCGGAUACGUAGCUAUGCUGCAGUUGAGCGAAAUUAGAAGCUGCCGACCCAGACCACCGGGAUAAGUGGCCCCUCAUUCACUCAACCCAUGACCACAACCUCUGAGCCCUCCGCCACAGCACCUAACUCUGGCUCUUCACAACAGAGGGUGGCAUCAGAGAAGGCCUUUUUGGGUUCCAUUAUGAUUGCUGACCCAUAUCCACCAGAACGCGCAGUACAUGAUGUGACCAAGAACAAAUGGUUGGCAGGACUGUGUCCAAGCCCACUUCCUAAGGGGAUGACACUGACUGAAGCGUUACUUGAUCUGGCGAGGCGUGAAGCGGCGUUGGACCCUCUUCCUCCCGAUUAUGAUUCCGAUGCGGAAUGGGGUAGUUAUUAUGGUGAAUGCCACGACGGAAGUCAUUUGGUGAAUGAAGAGCCUGAUUGGGAGUGGUAUCGUUCGAUGGGUGUUCAUCUUCCACCCAAGAUAUGAAGAGAGGUAAAGUAGUGGGCCCAUUCUAUUCCAGAAAAGGCUGUAUGAUUUGCUCUCAUGGCCAUGCUAUGUGCUCCGCGGCAUGGAUUUGUAAGAACAAUAGGGUUAUGAGUGAUAGAUAGGAUAUUGAGAUUGCAUGCUACAGUUUGUAUUUCUUAUUGUUUGGUGGAUAGCAUUUCCAGCCCUUCUGUUGGUCACGUAAAUACAUGCGUUCAUCAGGAAUGUCCUAAACCAUGCAACCAUGUUUUCAUCAUACCUACAUGGAAAAAGAGGGUCGUAUCAUCAAUGUCUGUUUUGAAACUUACAUUUUUGCAAGUUAUCUUCCUGCAGUUGUAUUGUAUUAGUGUUAAUUAUUUUAUUCUCAAAGUACAUCUAUUCUUCCCAGACACGCGUGCUCCCUGUUGGUUAUGUAAUUUGUUUCAUGGCUCUCUUGCAUUUGCUCUUUGUGCUUUGUUUACCCUUUUUGGCCGAAUAACUUCUCAUUGAUACGUUCUUCAUCAAGAACAGCUUCUUAUUUAUAAGCUUAGAACUUCUAGCUAUUUCAUGUGUCUGCUGCACAUUCUGCUAAGGUUGGCUGUCCUCUGAACAUUCUCUUAAGGUUUCUCGUUUGGUUUUUGGCUGAGUUAAGCUGAAAUAGUUUUAUGCUUUUCUUUUUGCAGGUGCAGUCGCAGUCGCUGGGCAGUGCUGAGUUGUCGGUUAAGGCAUCAUUAAGGUCAAUAUGAGUUUGAAGCCCAUAGUGCAUGGUGUCGUUGUUGCACAGAAACAAUAAUAUUCUCGUACUUUAACUUAAAACUUUAGUAAUUUAUUAUCUCUGGAUUACUGGUUAAGUUAACAAUGUAUUAUGUAUGUAUGUGUGUAUUUGAGGGUCUGAAUGGUUGUAUUAGUAGUUUUAUUUAUCUCUCGACGUUUUUUGUUUGUUUGUUUGGUCCCUAAAAGAAUUUUAUUUCAUUUCUAGUCAAUGAAAGUCAUUAAUGUUUUAUGUUUGGUCACUCUUUUGUUAACCUCUGUUGACACCAUCGGUAUUUGUUGACAUGACUAAGGAAAAUGCGUAAUCGGCAAAUUUAACUCGCCAUAUCAUAAGACCUGACUUGCCACCAUCAGCCCCACUACAUAAACCAAACCCAAUUCAACCCCCUGACCCAAUCGUACUUACACCGGCAGCCUCUUAGAUGUCGUCCCUCUCCUCCUUCGUCCCCAUCUUCGAGACUCAUUUCUCCCAACACUGGCAUCGUUAACUCCAUUGUCACCUUCGGCAUCGCCCAUAACGGCAUCCACAUCUCAUCUGCUCUCGAAACCAGCAACCUAGCUUUGACUUUUGGAUCCUCCUUGCCACGAUAAGAAUUACCACCGUUUUGAGAGCGUUGUGGAACUCCGCGGAUCUACAAUUGGGAUUCUAGCUCCCCACUAGGGGUGGCCGUUCGGUUACUGGUUAACUGGUCGGUUAAACCGGUUAAUCGGUCGGUUAAACCGGUAACCGGCCGGUUAUCUACUAACCGGUAAUCGAAGUAACCGAACUUCGGUCGGUUAUCGGAAGCUGGACGAAAUGGUUUUUGUCUUAAAAGUGAUUUGGUUAACCGAUAACCGAGAUAACCGAGAAACCGAAGCCUAUUUCGAUCGGUGUUCGGUAGGGGUGGUGGUUAUUUCAGUUAACCGAUAACCAGCCGAUCGAUUACCGGUUAUAACCGAAAUAAUCGAAUGCCACCGUACUCCCCACUAUCCCUCCUCUCCAUCCCAAUAACUACCAUCUUCUUCUCUCACAAAGGGUAGACCACCACUCCCCGCUCUCUGUCCUCUUCAUCAUAUUAACCAGAUUUGUCUCUCUCUCUGCCGGACGGCGACAAUUAAAAAAUUAGCACACAACAAUCAAACCCACAACCCCAAAUUAAUCUAAGGGGAAGAAAGGUGUGCAUAUCAAUUCGAAUAGGGAUAGAAGAUAUCGCUCAUUUGCCGAGCGGAAGAAAGAGAGAGAAUCACGGUCACCGAGAGGGUGUUGAGUGGUGUUUUUAGCUGUCUAAUAUUAUACGAGGACUAUUGUGUAUUUUACCUUAUUUCACCUAAUACUCUGCUGAACUGUGGAAGAGUGUAAAGGUUAGAGAGUGAGGUCGCCGACCUAUGUCACUGCAGAAGCUAUCAUACUGCAAGCUAAUAAGAGAACCUGAGAACUCACGUUCUUAGUGAACUAGUCUCGUUUAUAUUGAACAGGAAAACCACGUAAAAUCAUCGUGUUGUUUUUUUUCCGCUUAUCAAAUUUUACAUGGUAUCAGAGCAGUAAUCGAUCUUGGAUUGUGAACUGUCAUCAUGACUACUGGUGAAGACAGCGUGAGCAGCUCGAAGGACGUCAUCACCGGGUCCGAUCCGAUUCCUCUCACUUCGCCUUUGUAUCUUCAUCCCUCGGAGAACCCAGGGCAGCUUUUUGGCAGUGAUCUCCUCACUCAUUCCAAUUAUGGGGAAUGAGUCGAUGACAUGACUGAAACCCUAAUCGCAAAAAAUAUGUUAGUUUUUGUUGAUGGUAGUUUACCCCGCACCAAGGCCGAUGCUGGAGUUCGUGAUGAUGCCUAGGCUCGCUAUGACGCUACUGUUAAGGGGUGACUCAAGAUAACGAUGAGCAAGGAAGUCUGGAACAACGUUCGUGGAGUUCGAAUCGCUCGAGAAAUUUGGGUUGAUCUCCAACAGCGUUUUGGGAAGGGUUCAACUACCACGUUAAAUUAGGUAUGUUUUUAUACACAUUCAAGGCAUUGGAUGAAAGAUUGGAUAUCUGUAAGGCUUCAAACAAAAUGGUCGAAGUUGCUACGAAGGCUUUUUUUCUGGCAGACUUCGAGCACAAGCAAACUGCCAGAAAAACAGCCUUCGUAGCAACUUCGAGCCUUUUGUUUGAAGCCUUAAAGAUAUUCAAUCUUUCAUCCAAUGCCUUGCCUUUGUAUAAUAAAAUACGUUAUUUAACGUGGUAGAGGUCCCUGGACUUGACUCGCAUCCAUGCUUCUCAAAUUGAGCUCCAAAGUAGUCUCUACAAACACGUUGCCAGACUUAGCCAUUUUCAGGCAGUUUCCCAGUUUUGGCAUAGCCUUUUGGUCAGGUUCAAAUAUGAUCUUCUGAACUUUCUAUUGAGCUCCCAAGUACUUUAAUGUGUAGAGGGACACUUCAGCUUCAAAACAAGCCUUUAAUAUCCAAUUUUUAUCUAGCCAAUUGUAAGAUAUGAAUCUCCAAAGUAGGCAUCAUGAAAUUGUUUUUACACUGAAACAACAGAUUAGGUCGACCUAAUCCUAUAUGAGGUCGACCGAAAAGUGCAUGUCAGCGUAGCAAAGUCCAAACCAUUUUAUCAUGUAAAAAUAUAGUGUGGGUCAUUCCAGUGACUCACAAUCCACCCACUUAAGUGCGAGUAGGAGAUUUAUCAACUCGCAAUCCAACUACAUCAAUCACCCACUACUUGCGGUUCAAGUUAUUUGCGGGUGGAUCGACAAUAACCCGCAGAUUAACCACCCAUGUGCCCACCCCAAUGUUAAUUUAAAAAAUACAGUAAAUUCAUUGUAGUCUA